GUCAGCUUGCUCAAUGGCUAUGGUGCUAAAAUCUCCUUCAUCACCAUCUACUAUGUCUAAUAUUUAUAAUUCUAACUGUAGUUAUGAUGUUUUUCUAAGUUUCCGAGGUGAAGACACUCGUAAGGCGUUCACUGAUCAUCUCUAUAAAGCCUUGAACCAAGCUGGAAUCCGCACAUUUCGAGAUGAUGAUGCCAUGGAAAGAGGAAGAUUCCUGAAGCCAGAACUGGAGAAAGCCAUCCGACAGUCUCAAGUUUUACUCAUUGUUCUCUCGAAAAUAUAUGCAACUUCCAAGUGGUGUCUGGAUGAGGUUAGGAUGAUUAUGGAAAAGUUUGAUAAUAAGCGGCUUGAAGUGGUACCUGUGUUCUAUAACAUCAAGCCGACUACUGUUCGAAAUCAUACAGGCUGCUUUGAAGAUGCAUUUAAGGGUUAUUAUGAGGAGGUAACAAAGGAAACAAAUGUUGAAAAGAAGAAGGAAUUAGCGGAGAAGGUGGAAGCUUGGAGGUCUUUUCUUAGAAAAGCUGGAUCCCUCACUGGAAUGGUACUUCCGGAAGAUGGGUAUGAGGCCGAAUUUAUAUCCAACGUUGUCAAGGUUAUACGAAAGAAGCUGAACUACAACGCCUUAUACAUUGAUGAAAAACUAGUGGGAAUUACCGAGAACAUAGCUAAGAUUGAAUCAUGGUUGCAAGAUCCCUCACCUAAUGCAGUAAUCUAUGUCAUCGAUGGGAUGGGUGGCAUAGGGAAAACAACCGUAGCCAAAUGCGUAUACAACUCAAACUUUCGUGAGUAUGAUUGUAGUUGUUUCCUGGCAAAUAUUUGUGACGCGUCAAGUCAUUCCAAUGGAAUGCUUCGCUUGCAAAGUCAGCUUCUUUCCACAAUUUUAAAGAGUGAAAAGGAAGAGACGGUUUGGAAUGAGUAUGAAGGAACCACUAAGAUUAUAGAUGCCGUGUGCAAAAAAAAAGUACUUCUGGUACUUGAUGAUGUUACAACAUCGCAACAGUUGAAUGCAUUAUUAGGACCACAAAGGUUUUAUCCUGGAAGUAAAGUGAUCAUAACAACUAGACACAAGUCGUUAAUGAUUAAUCUCAAUGUUCAUCCCUAG